AGGCAGAGGCAACCCCCCACUCACAAAGCAAACCCUCGCUCUCAAAUCUCCUCGCUCCGCCUCCGCCUCCGGCCGCGCCGCCGCGCCGGGAGACCCGCCCCCUCCGACGAAGGACGCAAGCAGACGACGCUGCAGAUGCAGAUCUCGCCGCUCUGACCGAGAAACGCGCCGACGGACUGACCGAACGCUCGCCGAACGCAUUUCGCCACGAAUCCGCCGCCCCCCCGUCGGAGGAAAGGAGGAGUCUUUCCCGUCCGCCCGCCCCUCCUAGGGCCCGAUGCACCCGAGGUCGCGCAUUCGCGGACGCGAGCCGCCGCCGCCGCCCCCGCCGUCAUCGGGAGGACGAUACCGCCGACGGUCCCCGCCCCUGCCGCCGCCCUCCCCGCGGCCGCAGCACCACCAGCGCCGGGCCCCGCCGCGGCGCAGCAGCCCCGAACGGCCGCCCCCGCGCCGCCUGCUGGCGUUGGACGAGAAGCCCCUCCCGCCGCCGGCGGCCGCGCUCGUCGUCGCCGCCGAACGGCGCUGGCGCAACGACGUGCUCCUCGAGGCCGGCCGCCUGGCCGCCCACUACCUGGUCGCGCAGGGCGUCCUCCCCGACCACGUUCUCCACGCCCGGGAAGACCCCAGCCCCAAGCACCACCACGUUCUCCACGCCAGGGACGACCCCAUCCCCAGCCCCCGCCCCGAGAUCUCCGCCCCCGCCGGCUACGCCAGGAAGAGGGAUGACGACGGAGACGACCCCAGAUGGCGGAGGAACGGAGGAGGCGGCGGCGGCGCCGACUGGGGCCGCGACAAGAGGGACGAGGACGACUGCGCCAGGCUAGCCCGGGCCAAGUCGGGCUGGGACCGGAGGACCCAGAGCUUUGACGGAAGACGCAGGUACAACGAGGGCGAUGGCGGACGCGGUGCUGGCGGUGAUGCCGACCGGGGCGUUCGCCGGAGCCACCCGUACGACGAGAAGAGGAGACCCGCCAUGUCACGCUCCUACUCUCAGAACGACCGCCGGGCCUCCAGCGACGACCGCCGGCCACCCCCCAUCGAUGACCGCCGGCCCUCUGUUGACCGCAGACUGGACCGGAAGCGGAGGAGCAGAAGCCGGAGUAGAAGCCGGAGCCGGAGCCGGAGCAGAACCAGGCCCAGGAGCUCUUACAGUGGCGGCCGGAGGGAUCCAGACUGGCGACCACGCGGUGGUGAUUUCGAUCAGCCACGCAGUGGCGAUCUGGAUCAGAGCAAGGUGCCAGCAGAGCCUGGAACUGUUGCCAGCCGCGACGGUGAUGUGGGCGGCGAUGAUGUCGAUAAACUGCCAAGGGAUCCAAAGAUUGUUCGCUCGGAGGUGGUGAUGGUGGAGGCGAAUGACGGUGCCAGCCAUGAAGAUGAAGCUGCGGUGGAACCAGAGCAUGAUGGUGCCAGGCAUGAGGAUGAAGAGGCAGAGUAUGAGUAUGAAGAGGUGGUGGAAUCAGAUGAUCAUGGUGAAGAUGAUGAUGGUGUCACCUAUGAAUAUGAAGAGAUGGAAACAGAGGACAAUGGUCAGGACGAUGAGGCUGCUGCUGUUGCUGGCUUGAAUGAUGCAGAUGCUGCUGAAAUAAAUGCCAGCCACCAACUGCCCAUGGUGGAUGUUCAUCCAUCAGAGCCUGCUGAGGAACCGGCGCACACGCAGCCCCAGCUCAGCGACGUCGAGGAGGCCACGGAGGCGGGCGUUGCGCGUGCGGAUGCAUGCCUGAUUGAACCAGUGGCUGACAGCAGUGGUUGUUCUGAAGUUAGAGGUGAAACGGAGGCUCCGCAAAGUCAACCUGAAACUGAACUUCACGUUAGAGAUGAAAUGGAGGCUCCGCAGAGCGAACUUGGAACUGAACUUCAAGUUAGAGGUGAAAUGGAGGCUCUGCAGAGUGAACAUGAAACUGAACUUCAAGUUGCAGGUGAAAUGGCGGCUCCGCAGAGUGAAGUUGAAACUGGACUUCAAGUUGCAGGUGAAAUGGCGGCUCCUCAAAGUGAGCCUGAAGCUGAACUUCAAGUUGCAGGUGAAAUGGAGGCUCCUCAAAGUGAACCUGAAACUGAACUUCAAGUUGCCGAUGAGAUGGAGGCUCCGCAAAGUGAACUUGAAACAGAACUUCAAGUUGCUGAUGAGAUGGAGGCUCCGCAAAGUGAACUUGAAACAGAACUUCAAGUAGCAGGUGAGAUGGAGGCUCCGCAUAGUGAACUUGGAACUGAACUUCAAGUGGCAGGUGAAAUGGAGGCUCCGCAAAUUGAACCUGGGACUGAACUUCAAGUGGCAGGUGAAAUGGAGGCUCCGCGAAGUGAACUUGGAACUGAACUUCAAGUGGCAGGUGAAAUGGAGGCUCUGCAAAGUGAACCUGAAACUGAACUUGUCGAGGAAAAUCCACAAAUAGAAAUUGAGCAUGGAACUGAACUUCAAGUGGCAGGUGAAAUGGAGGCUCUGCAAAGUGAACCUGAAACUGAACUUGUCGAGGAAACUCCACAAAUGGAAAUUGAGCAUGGAACUGAACUUCAAGUGGCAGGUGAAGUGGAGGCUCUGCAAAGUGAACUUGAAACUGAACUUGUCGAGGAAACUCCACAAAUGGAAAUUGAGCUUGGAACUGAACUUCAAGUGGCAGGUGAAAUGGAGGCUCCGCAAACUGAACAUGAAUCUGAACUUGUCGAGGAAACAACACAAAUUGAAAUUGAAGCUGCUGAUGGCGAUCCUACUAGAGAUGAAGAAGAGCUGCCGGCUUGGUAUCAAAUUUUUGACCUCAAUGUCGACGGAACUCGUGAGAGCUGUGAAGUGACUGAGAUUCCCGGUGAUCCUCCUGAAGAACAUGCUUCUGAUUCUCUGCCUGAUUUAGUUGGUCAGCUGAGCCAGCAAGCAUACUGUGAUCCUCCAGAUACUCAAGUUCAAGAUAAACGUGCAGAUGAAAACCAACAGUUCGAGGAUGAUCAGGUGCUUCUAAAUCAGGGUAUUGGCAUGCAUGAUUUGGAUAGGAACUACCAGAACAGUGAGCAGAUGCUUAUAAAUCAGAUAGCCGAUGAGCAUGAACAGGGUGAUCAACAGCUGGAGGGCGAGCAAAUAAUUUUAAGCAAUGAGGGAGCAAUGCUAAAGCAAGAUGCGGAGGAGCAGGUGGAGAAUGAGCAGUUGCUACCUGAUCGUGCUACAGACGUUAAUCACCAGAUAAAGGAGGAGCAAAUGCUUCUAGAUCAUGUUACAGUUGUGCAUGACUUGGAUCAUUGUGAUCUGAACGGUGAACAGAUGCUACUAACAGAUGAUUCAGUUAAUAAAUCUGCAGUUGAUGGGGGCCAGUUGAAGGAUGGGCAAAUGGACCGGGCUGCAAAGAGACAAGCUACACUUCGCAGCCUGGACAAUGGCCAAAUGAUGAUUCCUAUAAUUAAUUUGGAUGACGACGACGAUGAUGAUGAUUAUGCAGAGCAGCCUGGUACCAGAGAAUUCUUAGAGCCCAAAAGUGAUGCCUUACACGUGGAUAAUUUUCUGCCAGAACGUAUGUGUUCUCAAGACGAGCAAGCCGCAAGCUUUCCUGACCAUCAGACUAACAUCCCAGCAUCUUCUUCAUCGGUUCCACCACAUUCCGGGAAUAGGUGGACUGGGAUGGGAGCUGUCAAUGCACAGGGAAUUCCCAGUGAUGAUGGCGUCCUAUAUGGUGGUGCGUUUGACAAGAUACCAUUAGAAGUGAUCAAUGUGUGGGACCUGCCAUCAACGGAGCUGGGGAAAUCCUGAUGAGUUGCCAUGCUGUGUUGUACGUGCGUGCGCGAGUGCGCUCGCUUUGGCUCCAGCUUACUGUCUGUCUGUUGUUGGUUAUCGUGGACCGUUGAAGGCCGGGCGCUGGAGCCGGUCGACCGGUCGCUGUUGAUCUGUACUAUGUGGUCUUAUGCUAGGUAGAGUUUAGUUGUCUUGUUGUUAGAUGAUCCCGGGUAGAGUUGAAAGAAGUCACAUUUCCUUGCUGGUCCAGGAAGAAGUGUCUGGUGGUGCCAACUCUGGUACAGGGUAAGCAAGCACUACCCUGUAGCUUGGCUUGUUGACAGCCAGCCGCUCCUCCUCCUACAAGUUUUGACUGCAAAAUGAUACCGAGUCCUGUUGGUCUAACCAACCGUUAUGUUGCGUGUUGCUCUCCUCCUGAUUCACCUUGCCAAGUGCUGCGAAAAGGGCACCGGAGGCUCUGCUCCUACAGUUUUGGCUGCAAAAUGUAGUAGGAGUCUUGUUCAUCUAACCUCCUGAUGCACCUUGCGAACCGGGCCAUUGGUGUGAGAGGUUCAUGAGCUCCUCCUGAUUCAGCUUGCCAAGUGCCAAAAAAGAAGCGUGCUGGAGACCUGGCCUGCUUGCGGCUGAUGCCGAGAUAGAUGGCCAAACAGAAGAGAAGAAGAAAGGUGGCAAUGAAUGAAUGAGUGAGUGAUAAUUUGCUUGGUGUGUUCCAGCACCAGCCUAACAAGAUAACAUUUGUCGGGCGUUUUUCCUUGCUCCCUGUCCCUGAUUUGAGAGGAACAGUACUCUGCUGCUGCAAUGCCAUUGUGAUGGAAGAUGAUUUUUUUUUUCUC